AUGGACCACGGCUUCGACGGCGCUCUCCAGCUGCCCCCGGGGUUCAGGUUCCACCCCACGGACGAGGAGCUGGUGAUGUACUACCUUUGCCGCAAGUGCGGCGGCCUGCCCAUCGCCGCGCCGGUGAUCGCCGAGGUCGACCUGUACAAGUUCGAGCCGUGGAGGCUGCCGGAGAAGGCGGCGGGAGGGGGGCCGGACGCCAAGGAAUGGUACUUCUUCUCGCCGCGCGACCGCAAGUACCCCAACGGGUCGCGGCCGAACCGCGCCGCCGGGACCGGGUACUGGAAGGCCACCGGCGCCGACAAGCCCGUGGGGUCGCCCCGCCCCGUGGCCAUCAAGAAGGCCCUCGUCUUCUACGCCGGCAAGCCCCCCAAGGGCGUCAAGACCAACUGGAUCAUGCACGAGUACCGCCUCGCCGACGUCGACCGCUCCGCCGCCGCCCGCAAGAAGUCCAACAACGCGCUCAGGCUGGAUGACUGGGUGCUCUGCCGAAUCUACAACAAGAAGGGCGUGAUCGAGCGGUACGACACGGCGGACUCCGACGUGGCCGACGUCAAGCCGGCGCCGGCGCCGGCUGCCAGGAACCCGCGGCCGGGCCAGUACCACGCUGCUGGGCCGGCGAUGAAGGUCGAGCUGUCCGACUACGGGUUCUACCAGCAGCCGUCGCCGCCGGCCACGGAGAUGCUCUGCUUCGACCGCUCCGGGUCGGCGGACCGGGACUCCAACUCGAACCACUCCAUGCCGCGCCUGCACACGGACUCCAGCUCCUCGGAGCGCGCGCUGUCCUCGCCCUCGCCCGACUUCCCGAGCGAUAUGGACUACGCGGAGAGCCAGCACGCGGCCGGCCUCGCCGCGGGGUGGCCGGGCGACGACUGGGGCGGCGUCAUAGAAGACGACGGGUUCGUCAUCGACGGCUCGCUCAUCUUCGACCCGCCGUCGCCGGGCGCCUUCGCCCGCGACGCCGCCGCGUUCGGGGACAUGCUCACGUACCUGCAGAAGCCGUUCUGA